AUGACAAAUAUGGUUUUUAACAAACCAUCUUCUGAAAAAAGUCCUGGUACAUCGUCGAAAUCUACCGAAAAAAAUAAACCAUCAAAAGAUGAAAAAAAAAAUCAACGUCAACAAAAUGUAAAUCGAGCUGAAGAUGAUUUUGAACAAGAAAUAUCUCAACAAGAAGGUCCAGUUGAUAAAAAAGCUGAACGAAUAUCAUCAAAAGAAACUUAA